AUGGCAAGAAGUAACCAAGUGAAACCUGCUGUGACGACUGUUUCAGGAUCGUACACAUCGAAUGUAUUUGAAGCACCUAUUACGCUUGAUGAUGAAACUGCGAAUAUAUAUCUAACGCAUCUUAGAAAAUACGUGAGUCGAAAAUUCUGCUAUCACUCAGAUGCGGCAGCCGAAGCAAAAAUAAUUAAAGUAAUUGGUCGUGUAGCAUUUAAAAUCGAUAUAUGGACAUUGAUAGAGAAACGAUGGAUAAAAUCAAUUAGUAGUCCGUACAAGGAUGAAGAAACGCCAGGAAAAACUGUUGAAAAUCUAUUUGACGAGGAAAUUUAUAAUUUAAAGGCGGAUACAACUGUGGUACAAGGCAAUCAAAUCGGCCAUAUCAUAUUACCGGAAACACAAAAGAAAAUUAGUUGUACUGCAUGUCGUGGUGAAGGAAAAAAACCUUGUGGAAGUUGUAAAGGUGUUGUGGAUCAGAAUCUCAAACCUUGUUCAAAGUGUAAUAGCAGCGGUUAUUUGAGUUGCUCGAAAUGUUUGACUAGUGGAAAUAUACUUCAACGAAAUGAAAUGCAUUGUAAACGAUACACCUUACAUUCGCUGACUUAUCCGAAAAAUAUAUUCUUACCAGAUGAAUGUAUUGAAAAAAGUAAUGGAAAAAUUGCGUUUUUUGAAGAUGAUGUAUUAUAUGAAGGGGAAUCUUUUUGGUCGAACUUUGAUUCUCUCGAAUCUCGUAUCAAAGAAGAUAGUCCUCAUGAUUUUCGUAACGUUAUUGAGAAACAAUUCAAAGAUAACCAUUUAAGCAAGAUGAAUAAAUCAACACGUAUACGUCGAGUGAAAUGUAAGAUUCAACGUUUAGAUUUAUUUGAGAUAGAUUAUCAAGCAGGUGAUUAUACGAAUAAAGCAAAUACACAAAAAGGUCCAAAUGUAUUCACUUUUCUUCUUUACGGCCAUGAUAUUAAGAAUAAACCUGAAAUUUUCGAAAACGACUAUCCAUUAAAUUCAUGCGGCUGCUUUGGUCAUGGAUGUGCAUGUCGAUCGAAAUGUUGUUCGAUUUCCUAG